GUAUUGGUAGUAAUAAUUAUCAAAUCAAUUAAGGUAAAUCUAAUGUGAUUUUCUUCCAAUCUUAGAAAAUUUCUUUCCAUUUGUAUAAUUUUGAUCUAAUGGUCAAAUCAACUUGUUUUAAUUGUUUGAAACAACGGCCAGAUCAUCUUGUUUUUCUCCUUUAUAUAAGAUUAUUCAUAAACUAGCUUUCUCACUUCAAAUUUAUAUGUUAAUACUUAACAUAAAUUUUAUAGGGGGGAAAUGGGUCGUCGAAAAGUUGAGAUGAAGAAGAUAGAGAAAAGCUCGUCAAGGUUGGUCACCUUUUCAAAGCGUCGGUCGGGAGUUUUUAAGAAAGCAAAUGAGAUUUCUACCCUGUGUGGAGCAGAGGUUGCAAUUAUCGUCUUUUCUCCUGCUGGAAAACCGUUCUCCUUCGGAAAACCAAACAUUGAAAACGUGGUCAAUCGAUUUCAAAAUAGGAAUAAAAAACGAUGUGAAAAGUAUGAAAAUGGUUUUCAUGCAUCGAAAAAGAAGACUCAAAAGGCUAGAAUUGAUCAACUCAACCAAGAACUAAUCAACCUCGAUGCCAAAAUAGAAUUUGAAAUAAGGAAAAGUGAGAAAAUUGGCCAAGAAGGAAACAAUGGUUCGUUUGUUAGAAAGAAAGAAAUAGCACAACUUGACUUAGAUCAACUUAAUAAGUUACAGAAGGAAUUGAAUGAUCUUUGCAACACUUCAAUUAAGCAAGCGAAUGAACUUGAAGCAUCACAUUCCUUGUUGCUUUUGGCAACUUCACAGUAAUUUCUGUGCUAAUCAAUUAGCUAAAUAGUUUGAUUACUAAAUAUGAUUUGUGUAUUUCUAGUAUGUAUUUCCGUGAAAUCCAUAAACAAUUGGAUUAUAUGAAAUCAAUAGUGCUUCCUUUUAUUGGUAAUAUUAUCAUUUCUG